AUGCAGUACUCAGUGUUCUCCAAUCGCGGUCGCGUGCGCGAGGAGGCGGGGGCGUACUACUACAUACUCCUGCCCAAGAUGAUCGAUUGGUCGGCGCGCCUGGUGGAGAACCCGGGCGACUUCUACGUCCGCGGGCGACACACUGUGGGCGACCUGAUGGUGACACUACGUGUGCUGAGCUUCCCUCCGAAGGGAGAGACUGCCCGGACUCGGCCCUGGGAGGUUCUUCCCAUGCAAACCUUGGCCGACUUGGCGGAGUACGUGGACACGCUCGAGUCCGUUCAGGUCGCCGUGGCGAAUGUCAUGACCAACGUCCACUGCGGCUCAGUGAACGUAUCACUGGAGCAGGCCAACUGGAUUAUGAGGCUUCUUGUCCCUGUCGCUCGGGAGAUCGGGUGGAAGAUGGAUGGCUAUAGCACCCAUGCCAGGAAGACCGCAGUGGGAAAGCUCAGCGCCGACGAGUGGAGGACCCCAUACCUUCCUGCGAUACUUUACAUGUAUACGGCUUUCCUGCGCGAUGAGGUCCGAACGGUGGAAGACGUCCGUGCGGAAUCCAGGACGUACUUUGCUUACAGGACAGGGCUCUUCGUCCGGGAUAACAUGCCGUUCUGGCCGGGUGGGUAUACCGUCCCCAUCAUUCCGGAACACGAACUGUUCGACCCGCACCGGGUGCAGACCGAAUUCUGGCUUGCAAUGCGGGCACACAUCUAUGUGCUCCGCACCCGCAGCGACAUGUUCAUUGACGGCGUGCCCAACGCGCGUCUUCAGCGUCACUGGCUCCUGGGUUUGGAGGUCACUCAGGAGCGCAUCGAUGCCCACGUCUUGGAUCACGACCUUUCCAAGGAAGCCCCGGGAUUGCUUGCUAUUUCGCUGGCGUUCAUCAAGCUCGCGCAUGUGCAAGGCGUGGUGGACGUGCUGAUGUCGUCGACGACGGAACUCGUGUUCUGGGAGUACCAGGCGCACAGUCCAUACCCCGGUGUUCCGUGCCUUCCUGUUGGGAUUAUCGAGGGCUCGCCGGGACAUGCGACCUGGUCCGCCCGUCAGGCGAAGCAUUGCCACCGCGUGCUGGCGCACAUGUUGGCCCGGAUGGCAAUCUUCGAGUCUGUGCGGUUUGCUGAUGCGGGCUUGAACGCACAGUUGACGGAGCAUCUGCAUUUCUGCCACCAGCGUCUGGGCUGGUUAGCGGCUCAGCUCGAGGGGUAUUCCGCUCCGGUCUAA